AUGACUCCGCUUCAUUAUGCAGUAAUAAAAAAUUGCAUAGAAGGCGCCAACAUUCUAAUUAUACAUAGCGCAGAUAUCAACGAAAGAGAUGUAAAUGACAAAACACCUCUUCAUUAUGCCGUAGAAUGUGAGGAUACUACAACAAUUGCAGAGAUGCUUGUUUCAAACAAUGAUAUAGAAAUCGACGCAAGAGAUAAAAAUGAUAAAACACCUCUUCAUUAUGCAGCAAAAAAACUAUAUUUUGGUCAACGGAUAGUUUCACUUCUCCUUUCGCAUGGCGCAAAUAUCGAUGCAAUAGAUGCAAAAGGUAAAACCCCUCUUGAUCAUGCAUUACAUUAUUUUUACUUAAAACCAACAGCAAAAUAUCUUAUUGCAUGUGGCGCUUCUAAGUCUGAAGAAUUGCAAAACGAUUCUUCAUAUUCAGAAGAGGAAGAAGAAGAAUAUUCAAGCCUUUAA